AUGGACAGAACCGUUUUCUUUAGGAAAUGUGUGGCUAUUUAUGAAGAUUCACUUGACCAUACACAAACAGAAGUGACCAAAAAAAGAAAUGUCGAAUCAUGCCACCUAAAGAACAGUGAGUUCUAUAUCAACACAUCCUCAAUUCACCAAACAAUUGCAUCAUUAACAGAAAUCUUGAACACAGCACGACCUCAAUAUCUACUAUCAAACUCAAGGGUAAUGUCAGAAGAACAAAAAGCUUUGAUAGAUACUGAAUACAAAGUGAAGAUUCAGAGACUCACGCAGAGAAUCAAGAAUUUGCAAGAUGUAUCUACAAAAUUAAAGAUUAUGGAGGCAAGUUCGGAUGAACUGACAUACGCACUAAAAAAAGUAGGGUUCCCAAUAUCGAAAGCUAAGUACUCUAGUUUACAAUCGUUAACGAGAAAUCUUAUUUCUAUGGGUGACUACUCUGAUUAUGCAGCAAUACGGAAUGAUACAUUGCGUACGAUAUUCAGUAAUGUCGUCAACAUUCUUGGUUUGGAAUUGCAAAAAAUAAUGCUGCUUUGGAAUGAGAUGCAUAAUAAAAGAAUGGAAAGACUAAACGAAUUAAAAAAAUCGUCAUUAAGUACUUCAGCGAGUUCAAAAUCAAACAAUCCAGGUAUACAUCCUUCUAAUAAACAGAUGGAUCAUCCGAGCGUGGCGGCUACAAAUAUAAAAGUAGUUUCAGAAGAGUAUGAAGAAAUCAAGUCAGAAUUACCUCAAAAGCAACUGUUGCAGUUACAAGAAGAGCAACAUUCUCUAAUAGAGCAGUUGAAAAGAGAAACUAUUGAUCAAGUUUCGCAAAUAGAAGAAUCUAUGAUGGAUGUUGCAAGUAUGGUUCGUGAAAUUGGUGUCCAACUUUCCAUGCAGAAUGAUAACAUUUCUCUGUUAGAUGUACAAAAGGACACAAUUAUGUCGAAUGUGAAGAGUGGGAAUACAGUCCUUAUAAAGGCCAAUGAGAGUAACUCAAAAAGAAACAAGACCUUUGCGUGGCUCAUCUUUUUAGCUGCAUUGAUCCUAUUGGCAAUUGAUUAUAUUUUAUAA